UGUGUGGACGCUGGUGGUGGGAAACCUAAUAGCCAAGGACACAGUAGCUCAGCAGCAGCUGUCUCAUCUCUGCACCUCUGAUUACACUCAUUGCUGUGGACAUGUGGAAAACACAACUCUAACCUUUGUGAUUUCCAUCCUUUAUUCAGAUACUUCAGUCGGUGGUCUCUGCCUGGACUCGUGUGCGCGCUCCGUCAGUUGUCCGGGCUACGUGAGCGCGCCUGCUGCAGAUCGCACUUGAGGAAUCUGCAGAAGAGUUUGGACUGAAACCGAAAUCCUCCAGACUCAGGAGACCCCCGCAGACCUCAGGACGGACCCGGAACGCUCUAUGAAGAUGCUGCUGCUGCCUCUGCUCGUCUCCUUUCUGCACACUCCCAUCUGUCUGUCAGUGACUGUCAGCAGCAGUAAACCCAGAGUAGAAGUCCAUGAACACACCGACGCUGUGCUGUCCUGUGAGUUCAGGACGGAGAAAGAUCAGAACCCUCGAAUCGAGUGGAAGAAGAGAGGAAAGGCGGUGACUUUUGUGUACUUUAAUAACAUGUUUACUGGGUCUUACGCAGGACGGGCAAAGAUAGAAGGAGCGACGCUGACGAUCCACUCUGUGACUCAGAAAGACUCUGGAGAAUAUCGCUGUGAGGUGACGGCCAGCGAGGACCACGUCAACCUGGGAGAAGCCACAGUAAACCUCAACGUGCUCGUGCCUCCUCAUGUCCCAUCCUGCGACGUGCCCAGCUCUGUGUUCGUUGGCUCGGGCCUGGAGCUGCUCUGUAAGGACAAGAUGAGCGUCCCUCCAGCCACCUACCGCUGGUACAAAGACAACAGAGCCCUGACUGCCACAGCAGAAACUCCCUACAGCAUCGACACCAACAAGGGCACGCUGAAGUUUAAAAGCGUGUCCAAGCUGGAUGCAGGGAUGUACCGCUGUGAGUCCUCCAACAGCGUGGGGGCGCCCAAGAGCUGUGUGGCACAGCAGCUGAAAGUUGUUGAAUAUCCGUUGAACAUGACGAUCCUGAUAGCCGGAGCUGCAGGUUUCGUGGCGCUCGUCCUUUUCUGCUGCAUCAUUGUGUGUGUCUGCCGCCGCCAAGGCUGCUGCCACAAGAGCAAGAAAACAAAAAGCACCAAGUCCUACAACCCUCCUCCUCCUCCUCCUCCUCCCACCCGCAAUCUCAAACACUACAAACAAACUCAGUCCUUCAUGAUCUGAGGAGGAAGCAGCUCUCUCACUUCGACUUCAAACCAUUCAAAGUUGCUCGACAGACGCUGUGACGGACGCAGAGGUCUUCAAAUGUCAAGCAAAGAGCUCAAGAUUUUGCAAAACCCUCGCUGCUUAAUUUCUGCGCUGACAGUUUACAGGUGGUCCAAAUUUACAGUUUUACCACUUCUUCAAAUGCUGUAUAAUGUUAUUUUUUAUUUUUUUGUCAGUGUGCCAAGAUAUUUUUGCUUGAAAUUCUUGUUUUUUCCAUCUGCAGACUUGAGGUGUCAGAUUCAGCACUUCAGCUUCAGUUUUAGCUCUUUAGCGCCACCUAUAGGUCACUUACAAUAACUAUCUAUGCUAAUUAUGGCAAAUAUUGUAUAUAGAUUGUUCAUUUCAGCUAAUGUGUUGUUUAUUCUUUCUCAUUUUUGCAUAUUUUUAUAAAACUUUUUCUACACUUAUCUCAUGUUAUGUUAAGUUUUCUCUUAUUUUUAUUUUAUUUCAUCGUAGUUCAGAUGAUGUAAAACGAGUGAGAAAUGAACAGGUGUCUGCACACACUGAAUGGUGCUUAUCAUUUAUACUGAAAUAUCAACAAGUCUAUCUCAUAAUCAAUAAAAAGAUGAUCAAAAAUCA